AUGACUGCUUCCCUUACAGAACAAACUGCUAUUUUAGCCAAAUAUUUGGAAUUGCCACAAAAUGGUAAAGUUUUAGCUGAAUACGUUUGGAUUGAUGCUGAAGGUAACACCAGAUCUAAAUGUAGAACUUUAUCCAAAAAACCAACCAGUGUUGAUGAUUUGCCAGAAUGGAAUUAUGAUGGUUCAUCUACUGGUCAAGCUCCAGGUCAUGAUUCCGAUGUGUAUUUAAGACCAGUUGCUUUUUACCCUGAUCCAUUCAGAAAAGGUGACAAUAUUAUUGUUUUAAAUGAAUGUUGGAACAAUGAUGGUACUCCAAACAAAUUUAAUCAUCGUCAUGAAUGUGCUAAAUUGAUGAAGGCUCAUUCUAGUGAAGAAGUUUGGUUUGGCUUAGAACAAGAAUAUACUUUAUUUGAUCAAUACGAUUAUCCAUAUGGUUGGCCAAAAGGUGGGUUCCCUGCUCCUCAAGGUCCAUUCUACUGUGGGGUUGGUACUGGUAAAGUAGUUGCUAGAGAUGUUAUUGAAGCUCAUUAUCGUGCUUGUCUUUAUGCUGGUAUCAACAUAUCUGGUAUUAAUGCCGAAGUUAUGCCAUCUCAAUGGGAAUUCCAAGUUGGUCCAUGUGAAGGUAUUGAAAUGGGUGAUCAAUUAUGGAUUGCUCGUUAUUUAUUACAAAGAGUUGCUGAAGAAUUUGCCGUCAAGAUUUCUUUCCAUCCAAAACCUUUGAAAGGUGAUUGGAAUGGUGCUGGUUGUCAUACUAAUGUUUCUACCAAAUCUAUGAGAGUGCCUGGUGGUAUGAAGGUUAUUGAAUCUGCUUUAAGUAAAUUAGCCAAGAGACACAAGGAACACAUGUUGUUGUAUGGUGCUGAUAAUGACCAAAGAUUAACUGGUCGUCAUGAAACUGGUCACAUGGAUACUUUCUCAUCAGGUGUCGCUAACAGAGGUGCAUCAAUCAGAAUCCCAAGACAAGUUGCCAAAGAAGGAUAUGGUUAUUUUGAAGAUAGAAGACCAGCUUCUAACAUUGAUCCAUACUUGGUCACUGGUAUCAUGGUGGAGACAAUUUGUGGUUCUAUUCCAGAUGCCGAUAUGGCUAAAGAAUUCCUUAGAGAAAGCAGUGAUGAUAAUUAA